UAAUAUGUUAAGGCUCUCAGUUCUGUUGCUGACUGUAUCUGAUAAUCCCUUUCAUAGUUUGGCAGCUUUUUUGGUGACAGGUUUUCUUCAGAUGUAGUUAUGAUCUUUAAAAAUACAAAGUAAGGCUGCUUGGUUUUUCAGGUGUUUCAGCUGAAAUAUCCAAAAUGUCUAGAAAUGCAGCUUUUCCAAAUUUGUUUGAUCUCUACCUGAGAAUGCUUGAAGAACAAUAAAAAAAAAUUUGUUAGUAUUCUAGAAAUGUCUGAGGUACCAGACAGGAAAACCAGAAGCAUGGUGGCUGUCUUUAUUAGUAAUGUUUGAAGGACAGGCAGAGCUACAGGUUGACAGAUUCCUCUUCAAUUCUUCUGGAAUUCCUGAAAAAAAAUUUCUGGUGCUAAAACUAUUUGUAAGUACAUAGAAUAUGUACUUACGAAUAGGUGAGUAAAAGACAGCAUGAGUUUGUCAAGGACAAAUAGUUGAAGUAAUCUAAUCUAUUUAAGUAAUGACUGAUAGACCUACUGUAUUCAAGAGGAUCAGUUUAUAAUCUUAUGUAUUGCUUAGUAGGACUUUGAUUGUUCCUUAGGGUGUUUUUUCUUGGGAAAGAAAGCCGGGAAGAGCCACUGUUGCGGCUAUGGAGGGAAUUCCCUUGUCAAAUACUUUUAAUGUUUUUCAGAGUUUCUCUAAUGAAAUAGUAUGGUGAUUAAAACUAUAGAAGGCACAAAACCUGAGAGAUUUCAGGUCUUUCUGAAAGUGGUAGUGUAAAUCAAAAUACCUUAAAGAUCUGGAAACUUGCAAGGGGGAGCGGGUACACCUGAGCAGAGUUUUGUUCCUGUGUUAAGCCGGAGCAAUCAACGACAGAAACACAGGAUAGAGAAGUAAUGUUGUGUUUCCUGGAGGGAAAGAAUUUGGAGGCCUUAAGAAAGCUGAAUGUGUGAAGGAAACAUUCUAUUUCUAUUUAUACUUUAUAGUAAGGCAUGUGAAGCAGUGUAGAAUGUCUGUUCAAGCCUCCUCAGGCAUUUGGUGGGAGACUGGGGGAAUCCUUCAUAGAUAUGCUUUACUCUUUCUGGCCUUUCUUUAAGAAUAUAGUACUGGAGGGUCUUUGUUAAAUUUGGUGCUGUAUUAAAGCUCUGAGAAAGUUUGGGGGUUUUAAUUCUCUGCUGUUUCAUUUAGUAACUUGAGAUUUCUGUACCAGGCAGGGUAGUUAGUUAAUUUGUAAUGUAGAUAUCAUGAGUGCAGUUACUCUUAGGUUGGCAGGGUAAUUUAAUACUGUUGAUAGUAGGGAGUCUGUCAUAUAAAGGGAAUUAAGUCUGAACUGAGCUAUUUAUGAUGCAUGCAGUGUUAGUAGGUGGGUAAAAUUAAAAACUUAGCUGAUUUUGUCUGUGCCUUAAAAGAAGCAGGAAAAUCCUAAGCUAACACAAGAGCAUGUCCUUAUGUUUUAUUGGUUAAGUUGCACUUCUCAUGCCAAUGUUUCAGCUUUUAAUCUUAUUUGUAUUAAUGUGUAGUUGCCUGGUUGUUCAGAAACUGAGUAUGCCCAUAAAUACUUCUCCAUUCACCGUGAGGGCUCUUGUUUCUUUGUCAUUGCUUUGAUAGGAGCAUCUUCUAAGCCAUUGAAGGCUCUACAGUACAAGAGAACUCUCCUGAAGUGGUUAUUUCAGGACAACAUUUUUUUUUAGCAAUUCUGGAAUUUCAGUCAGCUGAUACUAGGUAGCCGUAUGCCAAUAGUGAGAUGGCUGUCUAAAUAAAGUGAUGAAACAGGAUGAUAGUUCUGAUCUGCUUUCCCAAGUGAGUGUGGUGUGGCCAAGGCCAACAUUUAACAAUGAGUGGUGCAGCGUUGGGCCUUGAGAUAGUGUUUGUCUUUUUCCUGGCCUUAUUCCUACUUCACCGGUAUGGAGACUUCAAGAAACAGCAUAGGCUGGUGAUCAUAGCAACAUUGUUGGCUUGGUAUCUCUGCUUCCUGAUUGUAUUCAUACUGCCUCUGGAUGUCAGUACGACUAUUUAUAAUCGAUGCAAGCUUGCGGUUAACUCCAGUCCUGCAGAAAGUAAUGGCUCUUAUGUUACUCUUGCUCCAAGCAAGCAAAAAUGUUUCAAACCAUGGAGUUAUAUUCCUGAUGGAAUUAUGCCAAUUUUCUGGCGUGUUGUAUAUUGGACAUCUCAGUUUUUAACAUGGAUUCUGCUACCUUUCAUGCAGUCAUAUGCUAGAUCAGGAGGGUUCUCCAUCACUGGAAAGAUAAAAACUGCUUUGAUUGAGAAUGCCAUCUAUUAUGGCACUUACUUGCUGAUUUUUGGAGCAUUUCUAAUAUAUGUGGCUGUAAAUCCAAACUUCAAUUUACAAUGGAACCAGCUUCAGACUAUUGGAAUAGCUGCUGCAAACACAUGGGGUCUGUUCCUUCUUGUUUUGCUUUUGGGUUAUGGUUUGGUGGAAAUCCCUCGUUCUCACUGGAAUGGGGCCAAGAGGGGUUAUCUUCUCAUGAAGACUUACUUCAAAGCUGCCAAACUGAUGACUGAAAAAGCAGAUGCAGAGGAGAAUUUAGAGGAUAUUAUGGAGGAAGUCCGUAAAGUAAGUGAGAGUAUCAAAUAUAACCACCCCUUGAGGAAAUGUGUUGAUACAAUACUGAAAAAGUGCCCUACUGAGUACCAGGAAAGAAUGGGUAGGAACAUGGAUGAUUAUGAAGAUUUUGAUGAAAGACAAAACAGUUAUCCCAGUGAAAAAAGUUUGGCCAAACUUCACAAGCAGGUAAUCUAUUCAGUGCAGAGACAUCGUCGUACACAGGUCCAGUGGCAAAUUCUUUUAGAGCAAGCAUUUUACCUGGAAGAUGUGGCAAAAAAUGAAAGCAGUGCAACUCGACAGUUUGUUCAUACCUUUCAUUCCCAGGAACCAGAAAAUAAAAUUAUUCAGUAUUUCUACACACCAACGGUUGAGUGGUACUGGGAGUGCCUUCUCCGACCAUGGUUUUACAGAGUGCUUGCAGUUGUGCUGGCCACGUUCUCUGUAAUUGUGGUGUGGUCAGAGUGCACAUUCUUCAGCACAAAACCAGUUCUGUCACUAUUUGCAGUUUUCAUACAGCUGGCAGAAAAGACAUACAAUUAUAUAUACAUAGAGAUGGCCUGUUUUCUUACCAUCUUUUUCUUAAGUAUCUGUGUUUACUCUACUGUCUUCAGGAUCCGUGUAUUUAACUAUUAUUACUUAGCUUCACAUCAUCAGACAGAUGCAUACAGUCUCCUUUUCAGUGGCAUGUUAUUUUGCCGUCUUACUCCACCAUUGUGCUUGAACUUUCUGGGCUUGACCCAUAUGGAUGCAACAAUCUCUCACAAAAAGACUCAGCCAACUGCUUAUACAUCUAUAAUGGGAUCCAUGAGAGUGCUGUCCUUCAUUGCAGAUGGAUUCUAUAUAUACUACCCAAUGCUUGUUGUCAUUCUUUGUAUUGCUACAUACUUCAGUUUAGGAACUCGUUGUUUGAAUCUUUUGGGAUUCCAGCAGUUCAUGGGUGAUAGUGAAAUGACCUCUGAUUUGAUUGAUGAAGGAAAAGAGCUAAUCAGAAGAGAGAAAAGAAAACGACAGAGGCAGGAGGAAGGUGAAAACAGAAGAAGGGAAUGGAAGGAGCGGUAUGGAAAUAGAGAUGAUUCCACUAGAAGCAGAGGUGUCCACACAGACCAGAAAGAAUCCAGCUUCUCAGAGACCAACACCAACAGACCACUAUCAAAAUAUACCCGUUCAAAUGGUAGGACUGAAAGAGAUAGAAUAGAACUCCUCCAGGAUGCAGAACCUUUGGAUUUUAAUGCAGACUCUGUUAAUGAUGACCCCCUUGAAUCGGACUCGGGAAGGUACCAGCCUGGUGGAAGAUACCUGUCCAUGUCUCGAAGCAAAAUAUUUGAUGAUGUCUAAGCUUAUCAAAGCUGAGGAAAAUACAGUGGUCAUCUAGCUCCUACUCAUUGCUUGGAAAAUACUGUAUUUAUGAUAUAUCACUGAACCAUCAGUGAACCUGAUAUAUCAGGUUUAAAGACUCUUUAAAAAAAAACAUGAAGGAACAACUCUUUUGGAGAUGCACGUGUAUGAUAACUUCACCACUUGUGAUAGGAAUAUGCUUCUGCUGUUGUAGAUACUGUUGUGCAUCAGUGUGGGCUUUUGUGUCAUGACCAAAAGGAGAAAACUAUUUAAAAUUAAUAGAUGGUAAACUCAUAAAUAUACCUAGGGCUCAACUUGAACUGUAACAGUCGAAGUUAGGGGAAGAGAUUUUUGGAAUUUUUAAUUAUUUUUUUUUUUAAAUUUUAAUUUUAAUUCAAUGCUGUGAGAGCACACUGAUGCAUCCAAGGUGCAGUUAUAUCAUCUGUGCUUUUGCCAAGAAAGAUUGGACUGUAAAAUCAUAGUCACAGAAUGGUUUGGGUUGGAAGGAACCUUAAAGAUCAUCUAAUUUCAAGCCCCUCUGCCAUGGGCAGAGACACCUUCUGGUGUUGUUCAGCCCUCCAUCCAGCCUGGCCUUGAACACACCCACGAAUGGAGCAUCCAUUCCACAAGUUCUAUGUGGCAAGCUGUGCCAGUACCUCUCCACCCUUACAGUAAAGAAUUUCUUAACAUAACUAAUCUAAAUCUGUCCUCUUCUAAUUUUCACUCAUUUCCCUAAGAACCUAAAUGAGAGAUGUGGGACUCCAGGUGGUGCUUCCAAAUGCAGUUUAUUACAUCCCUUUAGGCAUGUUCAGACACUGGAAGGUUCCUGUGAGGAACUCGACCUUCUCUUCACGAGGCUUAGCAGCCCCAACUUUUUCAGCUGGUCUUCAUUGAGGAAGGUGCUCCAAUCCUCUCACCAACCUGGUGGCCUCCUCUGGGCUCACUGCAGCAGGUCCCUGUCCCUCCUGUGCUGGAGCCCAGCUCUGGAUGCAGUGCUCCAGGUGGGUGUCAGCAGAGCAGAGCAGAGGGGCAGAAUCCCCUCCCUGCCCUGCUG